AUGUUUCGUCUGCUGUCUUCUUUCUGGCAAACCAUCUCGAGCAUCAGUGUCAUUGUUUGUCUGUGUCUGACUUACGUGACCGCUGGCACAGUUUCAACAGCGGAGACGGCCAGUCUGGAUAAGCUGUUAAUCCAACUGAAUAAUGAGACCUCGCAGUUCCGCUCACUGAUACUCCAGUGGAGGAAUCAAUCCGAUCAGUUGGACACCUUCAGUCAAGCCUGGAGCCGACAGUUGGCCCAACAACAGCAACAGCUGAACGCCAUUGGGGACAAAGUUAAGGAAUUAGACAGUAGAUCACAGGUCUCUUGUCCGACGGGAUCCGCUAAGAAGUGGAUCCCUGCAGUGUGUGAAUCACAGACUGUUGGCGACGACUGGGUCCUCAUCCAGAGACGUAAAACUGGAGACGUACAAUUCUAUAGAGACUGGAACGAUUACAAAAAUGGGUUUGGAACCAAAGACACCGACUUUUGGCUUGGACUGGACGCUAUUCACAAUCUCACUUCACAGGGUUACACUCUUCUGAGAAUUGAAUUCGCCCACAAGGACAUUGCAUUCUUCGCCCAACACUCCAACUUUACCGUGGAGGACGAGCAGUCCAAAUACCGAUUGUCGAUUGGCCAGUUUUCCGGAAGUGCCGUCAGCCCCUCCAUGCUUGCCCACAAUGGCGCCUACUUCAGCACCUAUGACAGGGACAACGACGAUUGCAGUUUCAACUGCGCCCGGGCGCAUCUGACAGGCUGGUGGUACAAAGUUGAAGAGGAGGUGAACAUCAACGGUGCCUGGGGUAGGGACGAUGCUACAGGCAUGUACUGGGGUAGUUGGUACAAUCUCACCUGUACAGAGAUGAAGGUCAGACGCCCAUAG